AUGCUCUACGGCACCGUCAUCUUGGGCCUCCCACUCUUCGUGGUCGGGGCGACUUUUGGUCAGGAGUACAACAGGCUCAUGAAGGAUGCCAAGCGGAGGGAGGAGCUGAAGAGCGAUCGGUCUGCCGGGAAGCAUGGCGCACCACUCCGCCACGCCGAGCGGACUGCACGGUUCGCAAAGGCUACCGGCAAUUUCAUCGAGGAGCAUGAGAUCCUGCGUGUGGCCAUGAAGGAGUAUUGCCCCUUGCUGGGCAUCCCAGAGGGCGUGGUCUGCAACUGGGAGGAGGGUCUGCGGGCCGCUCUUCUGGAGCAGUCCCCCGCCACUGGCAUGGAUCGCCUCAUGAUCCGGGUGCUGCAUUACUUGGCGGAGGUCGAAGAGUAUUGGAUGUUGAAGGCUUGGUGCACACGACUAAUACGAGAAAGGGCUUCUCGGAUCAUGGAUGACGGAUGA